CCGUAGUUGGAGUUAUUUCUGUUGCAACUUCAUUGAUUUACUCAAAAGCGGAUAUACUAGCUUGGUGGAUUGGUCUUGGAUAUUGAACCUUGUCGUGUGGAUUAACAUUUUAAAGUUUCUUUUUUUGUGGAACGACAUGGUUAUUAUUGCAAUCCGGUGAACGCGAGAGAGUUUCUAUUUAUUUUCCAUAUACUUUUUUUUUUUUUUUUACAUUUCGGUACGCCGGCGUCGUUAAUAGACAAAGUUGGUUAGAACUGGUGUAAAACUUCAGAUCACGUUUUAGAUGCUUUUGCUAGUUUUCGGGAGCACUGCGCGGAUACCUGCUAAGAAAAACAACACAUUUUGUUUUACAAUCUGUGUUUGUUAGUACAUAUGCAACGUUGCGGAGUUGCGCAGAGUCCAAGGAUCUAGACAACACGACUAGAGUUUAAUUUUAAACUGGUCUUCUUAAAUGGAUCGCCAUUCCAAUUUAAUUUCCAUUUGGCUGCAACUGGAACUGUGUGCCAUGGCAGUACUUCUGGCAAAAGGGGAGAUAAGAUGCUACUGUGAUGCAGCGCAUUGUGUGGCAACAGGUUACAUGUGUAAAUCCGAGUUAAAUGCCUGCUUCACCAGGCUUCUGGACCCACAGAACACAAACUCCCCUCUCACGCAUGGCUGCUUGGACCCGACUGCAAACACAGCAGAUGUUUGCCAUGCUGGAAGGACAGAGAGCCGCGCUGGGGCCUCGGAGAAGCUUGAGUGCUGUCACGACGAUAUGUGCAAUUACAGAGGACUCCAUGAUGUUGUUUCAUAUCCCAGGGGGGACAGCUCAGAUCAUGGAACAAGAUAUCAGCCAGACAGUAGCAGGAAUCUUCUGACCAGGGUUCAGGAUUUAACAUCCUCUAAAGAGCUGUGGUUCAGAGCAGCCGUGAUCGCUGUGCCCAUCGCUGGGGGGCUCAUUCUAGUGCUUCUCAUCAUGCUCGCCUUGCGGAUGCUUCGAAGUGAAAACAAAAGACUGCAGGACCAGAGGCAGCAGAUGCUGUCCCGCUUGCACUACAACUUUCAUGGACACCACACGAAGAAGGGCCAGGUAGCCAAACUGGAUUUGGAAUGCAUGGUUCCCGUAACCGGACACGAGAACUGCUGUAUGACUUGCGACAAACUGCGACAGUCUGAACUCCACAAUGAUAAAUUGCUGUCUUUAGUUCACUGGGGAAUUUACAGCGGUCACGGGAAGUUGGAAUUUGUAUGACCCCCCCCCCCUUUAAAACAACUUGAACCCAAACUAAAAAAAUAAUAAUAAAAGAAAGUGAAGCAAAGCCUUUAGGUUCUGCUCAGGAGCACUUUACUUGAAAUAAGAGACAAUUCAUGAGGAAAUGUAAUUUAAGUGGAAAGAAGAAGAAAGGGACCUGUGCUUUGUGGGGACACAAAGGAUCCUUAACUAUGUUUUAUUUCUUUUAAUUUACUGAAGGAUUCCAAAUUGGUCUUAUUUUGCACACUUUGUAUAAAAACGUAUGUUAUUUGCUUUAAAUAAAAAUAAUAGAAGAAAUGCACACUGAUACCAGGGUAAAAUAAAGGACAUGAAUGAGGAGUAAAAACAAUAAAGAAGUGUAAACUGUAUAGUAUGUUCACUCCUCUUUGUACCAUUCUUGUUUUGUUUUAUUGUAAAGAUUUAAAUAUAUAUAUUUUUGUCAGAUAAAA